AUGGAGAGGUUGUGGAAGUGGUUCAGACGGAAUAAGACAAAAGACACCAACACAUCGGCAGUUGGUGAUGCACGGGACGCUCUCGAAAGGGAGAGGGAAUACAGACGGCGGCGCAACGACGCUCGCUCGCGUUUACGGCAACUUCGGUGGGUAGUUUGGAUGGACUUUGCCGGCACGACGACCCUGCACGGGCCCAUCCACUUGUCCACAACAGCAGGAAGAACACGGUUCUACUACCUGUGUGUUGUUCUGCUUUGUUCUAUCAUGUUUUGCGUUCACACGAGUCACCUCAUCAAACAAUACCUCAGUUACCCGAUUGUGACCGCCAUUAAGUACGAAAACAUGGAUUUUUUGCAACCCGACAUCACACUGUGUCCGAACAGUCCAUUCACCGAUGUUCACCUCUACCAACACAACAUCUCGUCAGAGGAUUUCGAGCGGGUUUACACCAAGGCGAGGGAGAAGUGGUGGCGCAAACCAGACUUUCUAAAUAUGUCCCCCAACGCGAAGAUAAAACAAAGUCUGCUUGGCUAUUUCUAUCGCAAUUCCUUGGAUAUUGGCAAAAGUGUGUUCGAUCAUGUCAUUUUUUGUGAGCUGAAUGGAGUUAAUUGCCUGAACCAGUUCAUAGUCACAGAGCACCCUGUCUACUAUCGUUGUUUCACGCUGCGACUGCGGUACACACCCCCGGUUCCCGCAGGAGCCACCCACGGGGUUCAGUUGGUGCUUCAUCGGGGCCCAUCGAACGCUCGGCCACUGUUGGUUCUCGACGAAGACGAGCCUUUCAUCGUCCAAUCGAAUGUGCCCUCCUUAGACAAGAGCCAACUGCGGCCCGAUUCCACGUCGAACAACGCCGCCGUCGACAAGGACGGAUUCUACGUGGCGUUUCAUGAACAUCGGACAUUUCCCAACUACCCUUUGCAGAAUCUGCCCAAUGGCAUAGCCCUGCGUUAUGGCUACUUCACGCGAAUCGCCCUAUCCUCCAAGGAAGUGAACUCCGUCAACCUCAAGCGACGACCCUGUGUCUUCUCACGUGACCUCCCGAUGAUUCAACUUGCCAGGCACGACCGCAAGUCAGACAGCAACUUCAAGUCCGACAAAGCAAAGGAAGAUGAGACGCUGACUGAGUUUGAGUACACUGAACAGUCGUGUUUGGCAAACCUUCGCCAGAUUUUGACGAAGGAACGCUGUGGCUGCUUCACGGAGUCCUACUCGAUCCCCUAUAGCUGGCGACAAGUCGGUCUCGCUUAUUGUCACGACGUAGAACAGACGUCUAGCAACGUCAUCCGGAUGUCCGAAAUCAUCGAAUGUGUGAAUGGCGUUGAAAACAUGACCGAUGCAGAGGCAAUUACCGUAGCAACGGUGACCAAACCACAGAAAAUUGCCAAGUUGGUUGCUCCAACCGUACCGGGUGAUGGCGUUCAGGGAUGUCCCCUUCGUUGUGACUACCGCGAUUUCCACGUCCACAUGCACUACUCGUCGAAACUAAAGCAGGAUUUCAACCCAGAGAGGUUCAUAACUUACUUUGACCAAGUGAGCCUACUUGGACCCAAUUCAACAUUCAAGCCGCACAUACAAUUGCAUGGUGCAAAUAUCAGUGCUUCUGAUCUCAUUUUCUUGGACAUUAGUUCGAUUUCAGAGAGCGUGAAUCAGGUUAAUGAAGAUCAGGCGUACACAAUGAUUCAGCUGUUGAGUGAAUUGGGCGGUGUUUCUGGGCUCUACGUUGGAAUAACUCUCUACACGAUAGCAGAGAUCAUUGAUCUGACAGUGCGGUUUUCGAUGCUUGGCUUGCCCUACCUCUGGUAUCAAUUUCUCUACAGGAAGCAGAAGAAGCAAAAUGCCAACUUCCAGGCCAUUGUUAAACAACUCCAGUCAGAGCCGUACACUGAGUUUGCAGAACUCUUCGAGGAGCAAAUAAACGCUUUUUACCGCGUCGACCCGGACCCCCUGGAUGACCGCCACCCCCUACGUUCCGAGUCAAGCUGCGAGCUGGGCCAACUCCUACGCCUCAUUACCUCACAUGACAGCUUCUUCAUUCGUCUCGCAGAUUACCUAUGUGCUAGCGAUGAUCCCUACAAUUCCACAGUCAAGGCUGCAGCUCGUCUCCUCUGUAGCAUCCAGUUCGGCGUCACUUUAUCCUUUACAGUUGCUGAGGCCGACACCACCAUUAGCACCCUCUAUAAACUUGCCCUCAGCGACGCCGAACCAACCAAUUGCUACGCCCUACUUCUUCUAGGGUCUAUUCUAGAUAAUGCCGAGCUACUUUACGUUACAAAACAACGAAAUAUUGAAUUGGUGUCUGUGGUGCUGGGACGGCUAGCCACGUACACGGCAGAACUCGAACGAGAGAUUGCCGAAAACCCAACUUCGAGUAAUGACGCCGGAUUCGGCAACCGACUGGGCUCCUUCUGUUUAGAACCGAUUACUGUGGAGAUGAAGCUGCGUCUCUGUAUGUCGUACCUUACCUCGUUGGCAGAGUAUCAAGAUAUGAUGCCCUACAUGUACGACGGAGGCGUUCUUAGGUACGUUUACCAGUUCCUCGCUCCGGCUUACUCGUCGCGUGACAUACGACUAACAUUUGAGGCGCUGAGGCUUCUCGCGAACCUCCUGUGUCAUCGGUGUAUCCACUUGGACUUUGUUGAGUCCCGCGGCCUGGAAUUGCUCCUACUUGUUCCACGACCUUCCGUAGCUGCCACGGCGGUCAGCGUUGUGCUCUACUACACUGCCUACUUCGAAGACGCAAUGGAGAGGGUCUGCACACUCAAGCCGAAGGUGUUGAACGGACUCAUGACGUACUCCCUGUGGCUGGUCGAGUGCGCGCACCCCUCGGCAAGGUGCUACGCGCUCUAUUUCCUCAGCAUCGCUCUCUGCUACGGCGCGACGUUUCGCAUCUUCACCGAACAUCAGGGCCUACGGUACCUCUACAACGCCCUGUGUGUCCUGCCGAUAAGACUGACGGAAGACGAGAUCCACGUGCGGAAGGAUUCAACCUCGUGGCACGUGGUUCGUGCCAGUCUGCUGACCAUUCGACGCUACCUGGACAUUAGUCUACUCAUCUGGAUGGACACAUUGGACCCUUCGCUGGCCGGCGUGUUUGACGAGCCCCCGAAGGUGGUUGCAGCUGCUGGCAACCGUUUAAUCAAUUACACCACCGAACAGAUGAAUCGCCUCCUUUCCCUGGUAGUCUCGCGAAUGCGCCCCGACGCCGUCUUCGCGCCGAUCAUGGAGCUGUGGGAGUUGGGCGCGAUUCCCGUGCUGUACCGCAUAAUCGCGCGCAACGCCUACGCCCACGCCAACUGGCCCGGCCGCAAUGAAUGCACCCGGGUGGCCGUGGACAUCCUCAACGUUAUGUCGCUGUGCAGCGACCUGGCGGACGAGAUAGUCACCACCGACGUCUACUCCUACCCCGGCGAGACUGCCUUCGCCAGUCUCUCCAACCUCUUCUCCUCGCACACCUCCGAGGGGGAGGAGGACAUCGCCGUGGAAGACGACGACGACGAGAUCCGCGUCGUGAUCAGGCGGGCUCCGGGGGCUGCUCUGCACCCGCGUCCGAGUCUGCACCGCGGCACGGCAGAACCAGCCCACACCCGAUCCCCCGAACCGUCUACACCGCGGGCGCAAACUGCUAGGAGGACCGCUAAUCGUCGGUCGCUUCUACCGCAAGCCGACAUUGAUAGACUGGCGGAUGAACCGUCUUCCGAGGAACGAGUCAACGGACUGCUUGGCUCACUAGUCCGUUUUCCCCUCCCCAAUAGGAUGCUCUUCACGCUAACCCGAGACGACGAGAGUUGGGACGUGGCGGUGCAGAAGGCCAUACUCUCCUUCAUCGGCACCCUCGUGUACCGCCCUAUCGACGAACGCGAACACCCCGACCAACCCGUUCUCGCGAUCAGCGUGAUGCCUCCUCACGCUCUCCCCUCGUCUGUCGACUCGGCACCACCUGCCGAUCCUGUAUUCGCAUCUCCCAAAACGUCACUGAACCGCACCUCCUUGUUCGCCCGCGGUGGCGUUGGAUCGUCGAGGAAGCGGAAACUGGAUGACCCCCCGGGAGAGGCUUCCCCAACGCCCUGCAAACAAGUCGCAAUCUCAAUGGGCGAGAGUUGUCGACCCAUUCGCGGUGCUCAUCGCUCCCAGGCGCCACCGUCGCUGUUGGUGCGUCAGAUGCGUCUCUGGGCGGCAGUGCGUCGGCAGCACGGUCUCAUGCUGCUCAUCCACCACCUGGAGGUCACUCAGCCCAUCUCCGAGGCGGACAGCAUCCGCACCUUGGCUUGCCGUGGACUCGUUGGACUCGCGCGCUCCGAGGAAGUCCGUUCCAUGCUCGCCAAGUUGCCCCUCUUCACCAAAUCACAGCUUCAGUGGAGUCGAGUCGUUGGUAUCGGUACCGGCUUUUUUGGACAGCUGGAUACCUCCUUGGAACUAUCUUUCCAUCCCCCAUUUUUUUUCAUGUCCUGCCUGCGUGAAGUACUGAUGAAGGAGCCCAUUCUGCAGGACCGGAUGGUGGAGCACGCGGAGUUCUGCCGCUACGCGACCCUCCUCAUGCGUCUGGUGCUGGGCAGUCUCUCGGACGGCAGUCUCACGGACGGCGACAUGUCGUUGGAUCGUGUUCGACGCGCCGUCAUCGUGGCCAAAACUCGCAUCCAAUGGGACCAGGAGGAGCUGCUCGAACUCAUUUGGCGGCACCUUCAAAGCCGAGGUCAGCAAGCAUCGGGCUUCAGGCUUCACAAAACAGCGUCGACCCUCCAACAGGAGGCGCGUCUGCGUCUGGAGAACGCGGUGCCGCACCAAUUGCCCCUCUUCAGCAACGACGACGACUCCGAUUUGGAGACCAGUGCGACUGCCACCGCCGUCCUCAAUCACCAAUCCACUGGCGCUGCCACCAGCACCACCACCACCACCACGACGUCUUCCGAGUCCACGACGCCCUCUGUUCGCGUGAACAAGAUCAAACCCGUCGCCAACGCUGCACUGAGCACUCCAAAGGUACCAAACUCCUGUCUCGCCGUCUCAAUCGAUUGUGAGCCGGUGUACAGGGAUCGUUUGGAACGCACACCGGCAGCUGGCAAUCUGUACCUGAAGCAGCCUCAAUCCAGUGCGGUGGUGCCCAGCAACGGCAGUGAGCCGGAGAUGUCACUGUCGAAGAUUGUGGAGUCCUUCCUGUUGCAUCAACACGCCCAGUGUCCCUACCCCGUCUCGGUGUGCCCCCGUUUCUCCCUCCACCAUCCGCAUCGCUGUCCGGAGCCACGCGCGGACACCUGGGCCGGUCCCAUCUCCGACCUCGCUCGACUCGUGUUCGCGCGCGAGACGGUUAUCAAGUGCCAUCGCAUGCGUUGCGCGCCUCAACGCUUCGUCCGACGGUUUAUUCACAGUCGCUUCACCCCGGCGUACACCGUGCGUGACCUCGAAGACGACCUCUACACCGCGGUUUCGUUCUCGAAAUGCGGCGACGAGGGCGCCUUCCUUGGCACGUCUUCGGGCUCGGUGUGCUGGGUGAACGUGGAGGAGGCGGGCUUACCUGUGGAGCUGUUCCGCGCCCAGACCUCACCAAUCAGCCGUCUGGAGCACUCGAGGGACGGCCGGCGUCUGCUUGUCUGCGCGGACUGGGGCGAACCCGCGCUGAUUGUGACCCGCCUCUCACCCACCUCCGAUGUCGUCAACACCACUAGCGCUUCUGCUCCCUGGACAACCAACGCCGAUGAUCCCAUGUUCACCGCGGAGGACGCGAGGUACGCGGAAUUCAGUCGAACAGGACUGCAAGACAAGAUAGUCGCAACUUACGGCAAAGUGGCUAAGGUGUAUGACCUUGUCACGGGUCAGCGAAUCGCUGAUCUCUUCUCCUCAGUGAAGCAGAGCGACUACAUAAUGAACAAGGCGACGUUCUCCGUGGACGACCGUCUAGUGCUCAACGAUGGCGUGGUUUGGGACACCCGGUGCAGCGGUUCCGUCUCGUCUCCGCGUCCAGUCCACAAAAUCGACAAAUUCCAGGACCUCGUGUCGGGCGUCUUCCAUCCGAACGGCCUGGAGGUGGUGGUUGGAUCCGCGGUGUGGGACAUGCGAACUUGGCGACUCUUGCACACUGUUCAGGCGCUUGACAAGUUGGAAGUUACCUUUUCGGACAAUUCAGAUGUCAUCUAUGCUGGCAUAUUUGGAAUGGAUUACGACGAUGUGUUGGACGAGUUGGGACAGAACAGCCGUCUGGCCAUGCAGAAUAUGUUCCGGACGGUUGACGCCGUCGACUACAGCCUGAUCGCCUCGGUAGACGUGAAACACCGCAUUGAACAGCUUGCUCUCGACACCAGCGGUCUCCACUUGGCGCUUGUCGAGAAGCUGGGUGAGAAGAGUGCCAAUGAGCCGAUUACCCAGUGCCGCAUUUACGCCAUUGGACGGAAACGAAGUGACAGGGAGCUUGAAAAUGAGGAACAGGACGACGAGGAGGACGAUCGCCAUCACGACGAUGAGGAGGACGAGGUGGACCUGGUCGGUUCGUCGUCGUCGUCGUCAUCCACUUCGACAGAUUCGGACAGCGAAGGUGACGACGAUGACGCCACCGACGAUCGAUCGGGCGGGAGUGGAACCGACUCCUCGUGGGAAACCGAAGAGGAGGUGGAGGUGCCUGCCAGUGCUGCUGACGACGACACCGAGGAAAGAAACGAUAGCUAG